GGGAUUUUGGACAUGCAUGAUCUCACACAUGCCUGCCAUGUUUUUCAAGCCACGGGACCUGGGACUCCACGUGCAGUGGGCCUUAACUGUCACACCAGCAAGCUGGCCAUAUUUUUCUUUUUAAGUUUAUUCACUUAUUCCAUGAGAGAUGGAGACAAGCAUCCUUACCAGGGCUCUCAAGCCAAUAUCUAACUCCAGUCUCAGCUAGCCGGGAACACAGGCACAUCUAUGUGCCCAGCGUGUGCACAAAGAGGGAUGCAAACCUUAGACUCUCCCAUGUGGUCUGAGCAUUGUGUUACGUUGUACUUCUGAGCCACUGCAAUUAUUUUAUUUUAUUUUAUUUUUUUAAAUCAUUCUGUUGCAGAAAAGCAAACUACCAUCACCAUCACCAAAAAUGUUAAAUUUAAAAGCCAGUAACCUCAUGCAUAUAACUCAGAGAACCUCUGUUAUCUGGAGCAAUGGUCCCAAUCUUUUGGGUACCAGAGACCAGAUUCAGGGAGGACAUUUUUUCCGCUGACUGAUGUGCCAUGGGAUGGUUUUGGAGUGAUUUAAGCACAUUACAUUUAUGGUGUACUUUAUUUCUAUUUUUAUUAUAUUGUAAAGUGUAGUGAAAUAAUUAUAUGCUCACCAUACUGCAGAAUCAGAGCCCUGAGCUUGUUUUCUUGUAACUAGAAUGCAGCUGUGUUCAAAGCCAAACUGGAAUGAAUGGGGGCGAUGAGUGAACAAUGGGAUUUUUUGACAUGUUCCAAUGUGAAAAUUUAGUGCUGCUACUGAUCUGACAGGAAGCGGAGCUCAGGCAGUAUGUGGACUAUGGGGAGCGGCUGUAAAUACAGAUGAAGCUUCAUUCACUUGCCUGCUACCCACCUGCUGGGUCAUGGACUGUGGUAUUGGUCUGUGGUCCUGGGGCAUGGGGACCCCUGACAUAGAGGAUGCUAUGGGCAGGAAAUUACCAUGUCCCUGAGACUAAAACCCAGCAACUCAACUCAUGGGUUUAGGGCAGGGUUUCUCAAUCUUGGCACUGUUGACAUUUGGACCAGGUCACUUGUGGGCUUGUUGUGUGUGUCGUGGGAUGUUCAGCAGCAUACCUGUCCUCUAGCCACUAGAUGCCAGCAUUACUGCCAUGGUGGUGACAACUACUAUGUCUCUGGACAUUACAUGACAAUAAUCACCCUGGUAGAAAAUCAGUGGUUUAGGGGGAUGUAAAUUCUCACAGGCCAUUAACAAGAUAUUUGUAUCAUCUUUUAGUAGUUGAGCCUUUUUUAAGUUUUUCUUGCUUUUAAGAGAAAAUUGCCAGUAAAAUGAAUCGGAGUAUCUGAGGGUCAGCAUCACGUGUUGUCACUUGUCCCGUGAGAUGCUUUCUUCACAUGUCGAAAAAACGCCCUCCUGGCCAAGAGCUCGUCCCCCCAGGUAGAGGGCGACUUUGCCAUGGCCCCUCGGGGCCCUGACCAGGAGGAGUGUGAGGGCCUGCUGCAGCAGUGGCGAGAAGAAGGGUCGAGCCAAGUGCUCUCAACGGAGAUUGAGGGUCCCCUUGCAGAUAAGGGACUGGCCCAGAGCAGCCUGGCACUCUUGAUGGAUAAUCCUGCAGAACAGGAAGCCACUUCAGAGGACAGGUGGCCCAGCAGGCAGCUGAGUGACCUGCGGGCAGCAGAAGAACUGAAGGAGCCUUUCUCCGAGGUGCUAGGAGAGGAGCCACUGCCCGAGGCCGAAGGCCCCAUGUGGGCAGCCGUUCCUAUGCAGACGGGCCCCCAGUAUGCAGACUGCUCUGUCCUCCCAGUGGGUGCCAUGGCCGCAGAGCAGUGGGAAGAGGACCCUGCAGUGAUGGCCUGGAGCAUAGCACCUGAGCCGAUGCCCCAGGAAGAGGCUUCCAUGUGGCACUUUGAGGGCCUGGAGCAGUUGCAGCCUCCCCCAGUGGAAAUACCAUAUCAUGAAAUCUUGUGGCGAGAAUGGGAGGAUUUCUCCACCCAGCCAGAUGCUCAGGGCCUGGAAGCAGGGGACGGCCCUCAGUUCCAGUUCACUCUGAUGUCUUAUAACAUCCUGGCCCAGGACCUGAUGCAGCAGAGCUCAGAGCUCUACCUGCAUUGCCACCCAGACAUCCUCAAUUGGAACUACCGCUUUGCCAACCUCAUGCAGGAAUUCCAGCACUGGGACCCUGAUAUCCUGUGUCUCCAGGAAGUCCAGGAAGAUCAUUACUGGGAGCAGCUGGAGCCCUCUCUGCGAAUGAUGGGGUUCACCUGUUUCUAUAAGAGGAGGACUGGAUGUAAAACGGAUGGCUGUGCUGUCUGCUACAAGCCGACCAGAUUCCGUCUGCUCUGUGCCAGCCCGGUGGAGUACUUCCGGCCUGGCUUGGAGCUUCUUAAUCGGGACAAUGUGGGCUUAGUACUGCUACUGCAGCCACUAGUCCCAGAAGGCCUGGGGCAAGUCUCGGUGGCCCCUCUUUGUGUGGCAAAUACCCAUGUCCUAUAUAAUCCACGCCGGGGCGAUGUCAAGCUGGCCCAGAUGGCCAUUCUCCUGGCCGAAGUGGACAAGGUGGCCAGGUUGUCAGAUGGUAGCCACUGUCCCAUCAUCCUGUGCGGGGACCUGAAUUCCGUCCCUGACUCACCUCUCUACAACUUCAUCAGGGAUGGAGAGCUCCAGUACCAUGGGAUGCCUGCCUGGAAGGUAUCUGGACAGGAAGACUUCUCCUAUCAGCUUUACCAGAGGAAGCUGCAGGCCCCACUGUGGCCCAGCUCCCUGGGCAUCACCGAUUGCUGUCAGUAUGUUACCUCCUGUCACCCCAAGAGAUCAGAGAGACGUCAGUAUGCCCGAGACUUCCUGCUCCGUUUCCGCUUCUGUGCCAUCGCUUGUCAGCGACCAGCAGGACUGGUUCUUAUGGAAGGAGUGACAGACACCAAGCCAGAGCGACCUGCGGGUUGGGCCGAGUGUAUUCUUGAGGAAGAUACAUCUGAACCUGAGCCAGUCUUCCCCAGGACCAUAGGUACCAUCCAGCACUGUCUCCACCUGACGUCGGUGUAUACCCAUUUCCUGCCCCAGCAUGGCCGCCCAGAGGUCACCACGAUGCCCUUGGGUCUAGGAAUGACAGUGGAUUACAUCUUCUUCUCAGCCGAGCCCUGCGAGAAUAGGGGCAAUACUGAUCACAGGCUGUAUCGAGAUGGAACUCUCAAGCUCCUGGGCCGUCUCUCCCUUCUCUCCGAAGAGAUUCUCUGGGCUGCCAAUGGCCUACCCAACCCCUUCUGCUCUUCAGACCACCUCUGCCUGCUAGCCAGCUUCGGGAUGGAAGUCACCACCCCAUGAUGGGGCUCCGAGGGAAAAGAGCUUCUCUUCUAGAAGAGCUCACUGGAUCAGAGACUGUGGAAAUACCCCAUGCUUCUGGAAACUUAGAUCCAAGAAACUUAACGUCCCCUCCCUCCCCCUCCUUGUUCCCUUUUUCCCAUGGUUAGAUUUUCUCCAGGCCUGUCCACAUUCUCUGCCUGUGGUCCCCACCCCGUCCUAACCUCUUCCUAAUCCUGUGCCACAUAGGAGAUGUGGCCCUGGGAGAGGCAGAAAGGGGUUCCCCCUUCCUUCCGUGUAUCCAGCGCUACCCCUUGAUUUUUAAUUACCAGGGUUGCGGGAGCUAUUGAUCUCAUUGGUUAUUUGCUUUAAGGUGGUUUCUUGGUGGUCCCUUCUGACUCGGCCUUCUCCCUGCCUUCAUGACCCUUGGGCCCAUCCCUCCCGCCAGGCAGGCACAUGUAGGCUAUGCAUGCCAUGAGUGCAUCCUCCUGGGUGGGACCGCUGUGCAUGGCCAUGCCUGCCUCUGCCCAGCCCUCUCGCCACGUCUGGGCUGUAGCUGAGGGCAGGAGAAUGUGUGCUGCCAGACAGCAGCAGGGGCAUGGCCUUCUCUCCUUUUAGCUUCUGUUUCAUCAGGCAUUCAUCUGUUGGCCAGGGCAUGCUCAUCGUCUGGGCUCUGGGAAUGAAUGGCGCCACCCAUCCUGGAGCAGCUGAUUUGGGGAUGCUCCUGGGCUCUGUACCUCCUGCCCAGAGCACCCCCAGUCAUGAUGUGCUUUCUCUAGGGCUUGUCCUUUUCCCAGACUGUCCUGAGGGAGGCAGAAGUUGGAACCCCCAUGUGGGGUUUGAAGGGCUGGGAUAAUGAUGUGAAGUUUAAGACUCCUUAAGGCUGAAGAGAGAGAACCUUCAGGAAAGUCCUUUCUCAUUGGCCUCUGCAGCCUGCAGAACUGGGGCAGGAGCAGGAGUCCCAGUAGGGGCAACAGGAGGCGGGCUGGUUAGUUGCCUCAGCCUGGAUGCAGGACCUACGGGGUUCUCUUUCCUCUGCACAACCAAGAAGCAGUUUUCUGUUCCUUUCCUCCCAUAACAUUUUACUUUUUGCCGUCUUCUUCAUUCCCUUCCAUUUCUUUAUAGAAAAACCUGGUAUUUAGCUCAGGCCAAACUGUCUCAGCAGAAAGGUUGCCGUGGGCAAAACUGGGCCAAGCUAUGGGCAGCAUUGCCUGGGUGUCUGCUUUGUCCAGCCAAGCCUGGGGCCAUUUGCCUCCACCUUCCCUCUCUUAACUCAGGCGCCCUGGCCCAUCCAGAGCGGGGGCCUCUGCAGCCCCUGCCGUGCCUUAAUUUGUCAUGGCUGGAGUGUGGCCUGGAGUGUUCUGGACCAGCUCCUCCCCACAUCUCCUUUGACUCAGUCACUGCUGACCCCAGGAGUUCUGAUCCUCUGCUGUCCCACUUGACCUCCAGAGUGGAACUGAAGCGAGUGGCCGGGAGGCUUGAAUUAGGGGCAGCAAACCAGAAGUUAAUGUUCUCUCCACUGCUUGAAAGCCAAAGGCCCGACCUGUGUCCAGCUGCUACGUUCACGGUUAUACGCUUUCUGUGCCUAGGUUCUGGGGGAUUUAUUUCCCUGCGCGUGCGUAUUUGUAAACCUCGUUUCCUGGGUACUGGGCAUGUGCCUGUCUGAGCCCCAGGCUGUCUGUCCAUACCCCUACCGUUUGCUCUGUCUGUUCCCCGGGCACCUCCUGAGAUGGUGUCGAGACAGUGCC